AUGGACUGUCAAGGGGAUUCGGCUAAACGAGAACGGCGAUUCAAUUCUAGAAGUUAUGCUAAUGAGGUGGGUAGUCUAAUAUAAAAUUUUAUUGGGUUUUUUUGUUUUUUUAUUGAAAUUAGGUUAGAGCUGGAAUAAAUAAUUGUUUUGCUAUCUAAAAGACAUGUUUUAGAAGGUUUUCAUAUCUAAAAUAGUUAUUUUUAGCUCCUCUUUGAGCUGAAAUCUUAUUUCUUAUUUUUAGGUAAUAAAUUAUUAUUUUAGGUAACAAAAUUUCUAUUUUUGUUACUUGUUUGUUACCUAAAAUAGUAGAUUCAAUUUUGCAAAAUAUUUUGUUAUCUAAAAUCUAAACAAAACCUUCUCUCCUUCAGGUAGCCGAAGGAAUAGACCUAUCAAAUCGAACAGUACUAAUCACUGGUACCACAAAUGGCAUUGGCACCGAAACAGCCAAGGUUUUGGCUCAAAGAGGAGCUCAUAUUGUUAUGGCCAAUCGGAAUAUGGAGUUGGCUGAGAAGGUCAGGCAAGAAAUCCUCGAAAUAGCGCCAAACGCUAAAAUCGAUUUACUUAAACUUGAUUUAACGUCAUUAGAAUCUGUAAAACAAUGUGCCGACGAGUAUCUGAAAUCGAAUUGGCCGCUACACAUACUGAUUCUGAACGCCGGAAUUAUCGGAGCUACGGAUGCCGCUACAAAAGAUGGUUAUAGUACCAUCUUUGCGGUCAAUCAUCUGGCUCAUUUCUAUUUGACACUAUUGUUGAUGGAAAAGUUAGUCCAGUCUGCUCCAGCACGUGUAGUCGUACUAUCGUCGGCUUCACAUCGUCAAACGGUAAUGAGUACCUCAGGCACGGUGGAAGAGAAGUUGGCUUCAUUGGUACUGGAGCCGAGUACGAAGGCACCACAGAUUGUGCAGUACGGAAGGUCGAAACUGUGUAACGUGCUAUUUGGCUUUAAACUUCAUCGUGAAUUGAAUGAUAAAGGUGUUAAUGUGAAUGUGGUUCAUCCUGGAGCUAUGAUUGCUACAGGUGAGUAUACGAAAGUUAUAUGAAUUGUUUGCACAGUACGAUACUGAGCAUGAGGAUGAGAUGAGGUACAGAUAGAAGAUAUAAAGCAUAAACUAAGGGGCAGACAUGCGUACUACUUAUAAUAUAUUAUACAUUACUAUUAAACUUAAAAUUUUAGGUAUUUUCAAGCCCUACGGAGUUUUAGGUAAAAUAGCACAAACCCUUACCAAACCUUUUGUAAAAAACAUAAACCAAGGAGCAGCUUGCUCUGUUUAUUGUGCUAUUCAUCCGGAUUUGGACAAGGUAAGGGGUUUUGGAUACAUUUUUUUAAAUGUAAAAUACGGCAGCUUUUCCUUGUAGUCAACAGUGUAAAAUACGAUCUUGUUUAUUUCUAGAAUGUUUUUAAAAAAAUAAAAAAAAUUUUUUUGAUUUUAGGUAAGCGGCCGAUAUUUUGAGUCCUGUUGGGACGAUGACAGCUAUUUGGCCAAGGCUUUUGCUGAAGAUGAAGCUCUACAGGAUGCUUUAUGGGUUAAAAGUAUUGAAUUGAUUGAGAAGGCUGGUUUUACUAUGUAA